GCGAGACAAAUCCAAUUUGAAAUGUCAGAUAAAUCAAGGAAGACUUCCUUUUGAAAAAGGCUUAUUAACUGUAACUACACAAGGUGCACUAGAACAGUUUAGAACUGCCAGGUUACAUGUGCAUCAGUCGUUUAACAGGGUUGCGCGUUUUUUUAAAACAUGUUUUCUAAAAACUCGCAGAGCAAAAAACGGCAAUCUAAAAAUUAGGCCCUCACAAAUGUCUAGAAAUACGGAUCCUUAAAAGAUUGAGGAAAUUAUUUGCACAAAAUUCUUUCGACAGAUAAUAUGGUAAAGAACAUAAGUAGAUUGGAUUUUAGUUGAUUUGCUUUUGACUCUUUAUGGUUGCAAUGGAAAAUAGUUCCAGAACUUCUUAUAGUUUGCAUAACACAAUGUAAAUGUACGUAUUAGUAAGUCAAUUUAUUGGGACAAAUCCUUCAGUCAGUAAACUUAUAACACGAUCUACCAAAGGCAAAUAUAAAUCAGUGCGAAAACGGGCUAAACCAUGCAGUGAACUCUAGGCUAAACCGAGUGAGCUUGACGUAACGUUGGUUAAAUCCUCUCUCUUACUAGAAUCAGUGCAGACAAGGAAGAUAUAGGUAAGCCCAUAUUGCACGGAUUUAAGCUACUGUCAUAUUUCAAAUAGACUUUAAAACGUUUCCAAUGACGUCAAAAGCCGCGAAAAACGGUGAAAUACUAGAAGAAACUUGAUUGGCUCAAAAUAAGAUAAGUGUUCCUCGAAAUAUUCAAACUGUUCUGAGCACUGACUCAAACCGUAUAUAGCUACAUCAUAAUCGGAUCCUUGUUCAUGAUGUUUGGAAUUUUAACUGAAACGCGCUUGGGUUUUUUAAAUCCUGCUCAACUGAACGUUUCAAAACCCUUUCAACUGACGCCCGUAAAAAAAAGUCACUAAUUUCUUAAUAAUUCAAAUAAGAUUUUACCUAAACGGAAAUCCACUCUUCCAAGUCGGAAAUAACUACUCCAUGGCAUUUCUGUUCUUAAUUGUAAUCAGAGGAUUUGAACUUUAAUUUUCUGUUUUUUAUUUACCAGAAGAUGUCACAAAGUUCGUCUUACGUCAAACGAUGGCACCACACUAUUUUUUGUUUGUCUUGAACUAAGCCUAACGUUGAGGCACGUGUCCUUAUAAGGCAUGAAAGAAUAACCAUUUGCAAAGCUGGUGAUUAAAUCUCCAACAAGUAUAAUAAUUCAGUAUAUUGUCUGAAAUGUUAAACGAAAAAUGAAAGCUGAGAAGACAGAGUAUAUGAGAAAUACAUAAUUCCAUAUUGGUGGCAUAAGAUAUUUUAUCACCUUUAACCAUCUUCCCGGAUUUGCUGAUACAUAUUUCACUCAUCCACCUUUUAUGACCAUGUGUAUCUCGACUACACACGUUUUUGUCAAUAUUGAUAAGGCAGAACUUCAUACGAAACUUAUAAAGAGUAAUGGUUUCAAGCCUCUGGACUUUAGCUAUGGUUAGAUAUAGAUAUAGGAAGAUAUCUUAUCAUCGCCAGCAUUCUGCUCAAUCGCUUUGUCUAUACGGUGAAUUGAUUAGUCAUCAAUCACGCGCCAGGCAACAUAAAAUGGUAUUUUCGCCCAUGUGAUUUACUGUUCUUCCAAAAUGUUUAUACCCUUUAAUUAAGUAAAUGUAUUUUAAAAAGAAAAAUGUUUGCAGUUCUACCAACUUUUUUUCUGUUAAUAUCAACAAUAAUUUAUUUCAAAUGUCACUCAAAACUUUAUUAUUUUGUUCCUAUCUCAAGAAAAAAAAGCCUUUUGAAAUCAUGUAAUAAAUGUAAUAAAUAAGCCAGUAAGUAUAACCAUAUUCUUCUAAAUGAUAAAUUCCCCUAAUUCGGUAUUAGAUCGUGAAAUUUGCUUUUAAUCUAGGUUUUGAUGGUGGAUCUAAAAUAUAGUCAGUCAAACUUAUCUCAAUGAGUCACUGCGAUGAUGAUGCAAUAAGUCCAAGUAGAGGCCGACAAACCAUCAAAAGUACAAUUGCGCAAUCAAGAAAAAUUAUUCGUGUUAUUGAAUGAAUGUAAAAAUGCAUUUAUAGCCUUUUGGAAGAGAGUAUUUUGACGCAAAUGACGUGUAUUGACACCAGUUUAUCAUAUUUGGAUUUUGGAUUAACAUGUUUAUCACUCUGGCGAAGCCGGACACUCCGUUAUUUGCAUUUUUUGGUCUUAUAUUUUAUCAAACGUUUUAUCCGUACAAAUUGCGCAUAAGCGAGUAUUAGCACUUAAGAAGCUAUCUAGCUACCAUGCAAACUUGUGAGUAGGCAAAAAUAAUAAGAAUUGGUUGCUGUAAUGAUGAUCCUGCUAAAGUAACCUAACUCUCGCUGAAUGACGUUAUUCACACUGGAAACUUUCAAGCAAAUCUCUCCACAUCUUCACUGACUAGAAACCUUUCAAAAAGGUUUGUUACGUUAAAGACGGAUUACUUCAAAUAAUUCAAAUGUAUUGUUCUAAUUAAUGGUUCUAAUUAAUCGACUUAAUCACAGUCAAUUACCGUGCGAUUAACGCCAUCCGAGACGAUUUGUAUAUGUGAGAUAAUUAAAGCAUUGUUUCGGUAUUUGACAGAUCGAUAUAAUAUUGCAACAGUUUAUGUUCACUGUAUGCUCACUAAACAAUGACACUCAAGAUUUCCUAAUCCGUAAAGUGUUGAUACGUUACACCGUAGACAUACAUGAACUACCAAGGAUAUAAAAUCAUGCUCAGACCGUUUAUUAGAGAUCCCGGCACUGACAAACAUACUAGUCGGAUGUAGGAAUCGCUUAAAUAAAAACCAGCUUGGAUAAACAAUGUUUCUCAAACUACAACAAGUAUUGAAGUAUGGAUUUUUAUAUAUCUUGCUGUUUGCUUCAACUACAAUUAAAUCAUGCCCAAUGGUAUUGAAGGAGGGAUGGAAACAACUGUCUGUAGUCGAGCGCGCAAGAAGAGCUAAUGUGGUAGCAGUUGGGAAGUCAGUCACGAUCCUCACCGAUAACUCUCGGAAUCGCACUUGGAAAAUUGGAGGAUUUUAUUUUUUGGAUGUACUCAAAGGAAAACAAAUAACAGAAAAAAUCUAUAAAAAAUACAACGAUUCGGUAUUUUAUGUUUUGGGUUUCGGCAGCUCAGCCAGAUGUCUUGCUGAUAUCGAGAAAUAUAAAACAUACUUGUUAUUUCUUACCUUCGUGCCAGAAACUACGUCGUUGGUUGCUAAAUACGAAACAGCCUUUUCCGCAACAGCCGAAGCAACUAUUGAAAAUCAAGAUAAAAUAUUAGCUUCACUGGGUUGGGGGCCCUGGUCAGACUGGUCCUCGUGCUCAGCCUCUUGCUCGGGGGGUUGGGAUAGAAGAACAAGGACGUGCAGAAAAAGAAGAUGUGAGGGUUCCAAAAUCUUACGACGAGCCUGUAAUAACUACGAAUGUGAUGGAGCCACGAACGUAUUGGAACACUUCAUAGAGCGUCGAAAAACUCGCAGUAUUCCAACACCUCCCAUGCAUGAAGAUGCUUUAAAGAUCAACAGUUUGAGGAAUCUCUCUGUACCGACACAUCAAAUAUUCUGGGAGCCAUUUCCACGACAUUUUACUAUGUUUGCUGCUGCAAAGUAUGUCAAUUAUACUGGGGGAUAUAUGAUUAGUUUCAUUGAUGCCAGUGAUAGACUGCAGAUUGGUAUCAAAGUGAGUAGAACCUCAGUUGCACUGGAAUAUUCCCAGGCUGGAAGAAAUAAUCAAUUCAUAGCGUUCAACGUGGAAGUCGUAGACAGAAAAUGGCAUCGGUUUGCUUUCAGCGUUGGAGAAGGUCUAGUUUCGUUCUAUUUAGAUUGUGAAAUGAUAGGAACUCGCGAAAUUGCACAAAAUGGCCUAUCUCGUGUUGAUCGUUCAGGAAAUGUAUAUCUCAAUGCAAAACCCGAGCCUCCUCAGAGACGAGAGGAAAAUAUCGAGUUUUAUAUCGAAGAGCUUACUUUGUUCAAUGCGAGCGCUGGUCAACAACAAUGCAAGGAUGAUAAUAUAUUUACAUCAACUGCCCAGGAGCCGUUUUCAGAGGGAUCAGGUGCUGGGCCACCAGAGUUGGAGUACACGUGGACAACAUGGACAGCUUGUAGCAAAACAUGCGGAACGGACGGAGUUCGACGUCGUAUAAAGAUGUGUUCAAGGAAAUCCAGGGAGGAAAGACCAGAAGAAUGCCAACAAAUAUUGCAACUAUCUGAAGAACAAUCUUGCAAUAAUAUUCCUUGUCCUGGGAAGUGUCGACAACGUUGUAUAAAUGGAAUAUGUGCGGCGAAAAACAAGUGCAAAUGCAAAAAAAAUUAUUACGGCCCUAAUUGUCGUUAUAAGAGAGCUUCACUCUGUAAACCAGCCUGCAGUAAUGGUGCUGAAUGUAGCAAAGGAAUUUGUAAAUGUCGACAAGGAUUUUUCGGGAAAAGUUGUGAAAAAGCAAAGUGCUCUCCAAUGUGUCAACAAGGGGGUGUUUGUACAAAAGCUGGAGUGUGCAAAUGUCUACCUGGAUUAAAACCCCCACUUUGUAAAUCUGUGUGUAGACCAUCAUGUAUGAACAAAGGCAUUUGUUUUAUGCGAAAUCGAUGUCAUUGCAGAAGGGGAUAUUUUGGCAGACGAUGUCAAUACGCUGUAUGUAGGAAAGUGUGUUUGAACGGAGGAGUUUGUUAUGACAACAAUAAAUGUAACUGUAAAUCAGGAUGGACAGGUGAUACAUGUAAUGUUGCGAUAUGUCAUCCAAAAUGUCAAAAUGGAGGGAGGUGUAGAUUUCCUAACCGAUGUUCCUGUCCGAACAAAACAAGUGGGACAUAUUGUCAAAAUGUUGUAACAUCAGUGCUCUGACCUGGUGCUUCCAAAAGAAUACCGAUUUGGUUAGAAAAUUCCUUUUGACAUUAACCUUAACGUUAACAUUUGCAUGGUUGAUUAACUUAUUCCAUUAACGAAGCCAUAAGGCAGAGUUUUUACCAAAUCAAUCUACUAGUCUGAUGUCGAACAAAGGAUUAUACAAUGAGAAACAAUAAACUAGCUGUGUUACCUUUUGCAAGAAGCUAAUUAUGUAUUGACCUUUUGUGAGAAAAUAUACUUUUGACGUUAGUCACAUGCUAAACUAUAAAUUAAGAAAUAUAUAUAAAACGUUUAGAUAAAACGUAUCUUAUAUAUAUAUAUGUAAAAUAGUAUAUAGGGCAAAAUUGACUACUCUCUUUAAAUUAAAAGUCUUUAUACAUUUAUUCACUGACCAUUGGAAUUCACAGAAUUUCUCUUUUCCAUACUGGCAAUUACGCGGCGAUUAAGCAUAAAUUUCCAUGGUGAAAAAGGAAAGUAUUUCGGUUGUAUUAAGUAUUUUCCAAAAAAUCAGAUAAUUAUGUAUCCGCCAAGCAGCUUUUUUAGUACAGAGAAUUUAUGGGUCGAACCGUGAAGAACUUUUUCUGCAUACUUAGGAAUUUGUUAGGAUUCGUAUAGGAAUGCAUGUGCAUGUGUUUAAAGAUAGAACAUCCUCCAAAUAAUUUAAAUUUCGAAACAAAACCAUGCAUGCAUGCAUUCGAAGCACGAUAUUCGUCAGUGACAAUAUUUUAUUUCUGCUUUUGAAAUAUAGGUAUAUACCUAAUUGGUAACGGAUCGAGUAAGUUUAGAAGGGUGCUUAUGCUCCCUGGCUCCGAGAAAACUUUCUUAUUGGGCUGGGAAUACAAUUUUCAAUUGCUUUCAAUUUUCAGCUAGCUUUAAUUACAGGCAAACCAUGAUGCAGCGAACCUAGUUGAACCAAGUAUAAAACUUACUUGAAACUUAAUUUAGCUUUAAUUUUUCACCGAUCCAUUGUUAACUGCAUUAAAUCAUAGUCACCAUCGUCCAUCCCCAACAUUCUUUGACCCAUGCAUGCAUCGGUGAUCUCCACUGUCAUGGACGCUAAAAAAGACGACAUAAAUUAAGAAAGUAAAACAAUUAACACUAAAUAGUUUAUAUAAUUAACGCUACGCGGCUCCCUGUGUUAUAUGGAUUUCUAGUGUAUAAUUUUGCGACGUGUAUAUUUUGACACUGACUGAACGUUAUGAAAACUGUGAUUGUUGUGAUAAAAACCACUGCUACUGGUAAACACUUACCCAUUGUUCCAUUUUAGCAAACACGUCAUAGCGUCGUUUCAAAGCAUUUCGUUACAUAUUCUCUUGGUAUACAGUUAAAAUUCUAUACUAAUAGUGAAAAUUGGUUGUGUUAAUGUAAAAUUAAAAUACAUUGCUUAAGAAAAUAUACUGUAUAAUUCUUCAGUUAUAAUUAUCUGAUAAUUUCAUUCAAUUGCCCAUAAGUUAGACUAUAUUCCUUCUUCUGUUCCAGUCAGACCUUAUCUUGCUCGAGGCUUGAGUGAAAAACGACAUAAGCAAUCAGAUUCCUGUUUUCUUUUCUUAAUCCGGAAAGAUUUUAACAACAAGGUUGCUCGAAAAUAUUUUAAUUAUUCACUUGUCAAACACGAAAAUAUUACAUUUCCCAUAAAUUUUAUUUCAUCCAGUUCAUCAUCGUUGUCUUCAGCGUUAUCAUUACUCGACAAACACGCGAAUUCCAAUCUAGUUUCGAGUUUUACUGUCA